AUGAUAACAAUUAGAAAUAUCAUCAACAACAAGAAUGUUGUACAGAAAUCAUUGAUUUCAUUAAAUAAUAGUAGUAGUAGACACUACACAACGACUGUAUCAUCAUUGUCAUCAUCUUUUACAUCAUACUCUCCUACUACUAGAACUGCAGCUAUUGGAUCAUUUCAAAGUAAUAAACAACAAAUAUAUAGUAGUAGUAGUAGUAAUAGUAUUAGAAAUUAUGUUUCACAACAACAAACAACACCAAUAUCAACUUCAAAUGAAAGUAUAACAAUACAUGAAUAUACAGAUCUUGUAAAUGAUGAAUUGGAAUUAUUUACAGAAAAGUUGGAAUUUGUUGGACAAACUUUAGAUAUACAAGGAUUUGAUUUAGAAUCUACUGAUGGAGUAUUGACACUAAAACUUGGUGAUUUGGGUACCUAUAGAUUCUACACCUCUUAG